CCUCGGAAGUUACAUAUUUCCAUAAACUGCUGCUCUAUUGAUAAAAAGCGUCCUUGAAUGCCGUUGGUUUGGUUUUCGGUUAAGUUCUUUGCUUCCCACGACAUGUCUGAAAAUAAGCUCCUUUGCGCUGUAGUUUUCUUAACUUCACUGGUUUGCUUAGCGCACUCACAGGGGACGAGAUUUGUUCAUUCAGCUGCUUUAGAUGCGGAUGGGAGAUACAACAUUAAGUGGGGAUUUGACGAGUCAACGAUAACGUUUGAAGCAGAAGUAGAAACGAGGGGAUAUAUAGGAUUUGGCUUGUCGCCGAACGGUGCGAUGGCUUCGUCUGAUAUCGUGAUAGGUGGUGUGCUCAACGGAAGUCCCUACCUGCUGGACUACUUUACAGACUCAAACAGAAAGGUACAUAAAGACCCACAGCAGAGCUACCGGCUGCUGUAUGGCAGAGAGAAUGACACGCAUACGGUCCUGGCUUUCAGCAGAAAACUCCAGACCUGUGAUGACAAUGACAAAGUCAUUACGGGCAGUACAGUAAGAGUGAUCUGGGCGUUCCAUGCAGAGGAUGUGGGAGUGUUAGGACCAGUCUACCAUGGCAUGAACAGAGGCAGAAAGAGUUUACGUUUACUGAACCCUGGAAGCAGCUCCAGCAUCCCAGCAGGAACAGCUUUCUUUGACCUUCAAAAUGAAAAGGUUCAUGUUCCUCAUAAGGACACAACGUACUGGUGUCAGAUCUUUAAAUUCCCAGAGUUGAAGAGAAAACAUCAUGUAAUCAGAAUAGAGCCAUUGAUUCACAAGGGUCAUGAGAAUCUGGUUCAUCACAUUCUGCUUUACCAGUGUGACAGCAAUCUGAACAAGAGUGAGAUUAACAGGGGACAUGAAUGCUACCAUCCAAAUAUGCCAAGCUCCUUCUUUACAUGCGAAACCAUCAUGUUCGCCUGGGCCAUUGGGGGCAAGGGCUUCACAUAUCCCCCACAUGUUGGAAUGUCUAUAGGAACCUCAAUAGACCCAGUUUAUGUACAGAUGGAGAUUCAUUUUGACAACCCGUCCUUACAAAGAGGGAUAGUGGACAGCUCUGGCCUGCGCCUGUACUAUAGCCCAAGCCUGAGGCGCUAUGAUGCUGGGGUCAUCGAGACAGGAGUGUGGGUCAGUCUCUACCACAUGUUGCCCCCAGGCAUGCACGAUUAUGUUACAGAAGGACACUGCACUCAGGAGUGUCUCCAGGAGUCAUUGGACAGUGAAAUGCCCAGUGGAGUGAAUGUGUUUGCAGUUCUGCUCCAUGCUCACUUGGCAGGUCGAGCUAUCAGAACUCGACAUUUCCGGCAACAGGAUGAGCUGCAGCCACUGGCCUCAGACGACCAGUUUGAUUUCAACUUUCAGGAGUUCCAGCCACUCAGCCAGGAGAGGCUCAUCUUACCUGGGGACUCUCUAAUCACAGAAUGCAGAUAUAACACUAAAGGCAGAAUGAACAUGACCUGGGGAGGUCUUAGCACACGGGAUGAGAUGUGUUUGUCAUAUCUACUGUACUACCCAAGGGUCAACCUAGCCAGGUGUGAGAGUUUACCAGAAAUCACCGGCCAGCUCAAAUUCAUCGGAGUCAAAGAGAUCCAGGAACCUGUUAUAACGUGGCCCUUUGUUAUAAAGAGUCCUAAAAAAUACAGCAACCUUUCUUUCACGGAGGCAAUGGAUAAAUACAGGUGGACGAGGAAGAGAGGGAAGGCAUUCAAUGAGGUUGUACGAAAACUCCCCAUGAACGUCCGCUGCUCCAAGAUUGGCCAGGAUGAGUGGUCGAUUCAAGGCAUGAUUGUCUCUCCACCGGAGCUGAAGUCAGAGCAGGUGUCUACUGCUGGUGUGCCCUGCAGGAAUGUCUCACAGACACGGUGUGAAAGCUCCUGCUCUCUGCUCCUCACUGUAUGCCUUCUGUUCAUUUUACAGACCUACCUACACCUCUAAAGUCCACUGUCAUCUCAAUGUCCUAUAUUCAUGUACACAUACAGGCAGUGGUGUAGUCCACUGCAACUCUGUACAUAUUGUAAAUGGGUCAUUCCUACAAUUCGGUGACAUUCCGGCUUUGAAACUUUUGAAAAAUAAAACAUACUUUUACAAGUUUCUUCAUGUUUCAUCAUUGCAGGGACAUACUAAAGAUUGUAUUAAUCAUACUGGUAAAGUAAAAUUAUUCAAAAAUUCAGAUGUCAAUCCAGUUAAAUGGGCUGAAUCAGGGUGGACAAUAACAGGUGGAUAUUCAGAGCCACUACAUGAUCUGUGAUUGAUAUCUAGGAAACAUAUUUGUAAACUAAUAUUUAUGAUUUUAUUUCUGUUAACAUAAAUACUGCAUAUUGAAAUUUAAAAAUUAUAUUAAUUUCCCAUAUAUCUUCCCAUAAUAGGGUGGACAUGUUAUGCUUGACCACAUAUGACUAACACCACAAAAUAAUGGAAAACAUAAAUAAAACAAGUUAUAAGUUAUAAACUUCAAAUAACUCAAAGUAAUUUUGCAGAAUGGCUGAUGUCCACCUCCAUUGUGUGUGAUGUCAUUUCAUAACACAUAUUGUCAAUGAAAGGUCAUGGUAUCAUGAUAUAGCAUGGUGCGCAGUAAAUCAAGGGACACACAAAAACCUCCACUAUCAGUGUUAAAAUUACACAUUUACCACAAAUGAAUACAUGUUAGUGAGAAAAUGUAACACUAAACUCUUAACUGUAUAUUGGGGGGGGGGGGGGGGGGAAUAGAAAUCCAAUGAUUUAACAUUUAGUUUGACAUGCAGUUUUUGGGACAUGAGGAAGUGACAGUGCAAUGGAAAAGGAUUUCAGUUGUUUAAAAUGUAACUUUUAAGCCCACAGAAGUGUGUAACAUUAUAAAAAGUCUUUAUUCUUUUUAGCAAGCCUAUUAAAAUUGUAAUCGGGUUAAAUUAAACAAUAUAAAUACCACUGGGGACUUAAAUGUCAAAGAAUUGUAGGAAUGACCCAUAUUUACAGGUGUUCCUCUGCGAGACGUUGCUUAACAUUGAAAAACAGCACAGACGGACGCAAAAACGCAUUCAGUGUGAACGUCCCCUACUAAACUUAAAAUGAAAAACACUUUAAUACAAUGACCAGGAAGAGAGAGAAAGGGAGAGAAAAGGCUUAACAUGAAAAUAGUGUAUUUCUCACUGGAUUAGUGUCAUUGUUUUGGCAAUAAAUAAUGUUUAUCAUAAGGGAAAUGUAAGAAAAUCAAGUUAAGUGUUUUAACUAAACCUGUACUACAGUAAGUUUUUCUUACCUCUCUCUCUCUCUUCCAGAACGAGCUCUGACAUAGGCAAUAAAAUGUAAUGGCAUGUCAUGAAUAGGUGCGUUUACUGGUGUUUUAAAAUCCCAAUGGUGGGAAACAAUUAACAUGCACUCCAAUGCUAUAUGAUUUUGACAAAAUUAUCUUGCUUCUGACAGAAAACACGACAGAAGACGUCCACUGAUUGUCAUUGAUCUUUCCCCCAUUCGCUUCUGUAAAGUGUGCCGUCCGUGUAAAGCAACAUCUGAUAUCUCACACAACUCAUGUGAAAGGUGUGUGUGUUUCAGGUCCAUUUCUCUCGAUUUGUGAAACAUUCUCAGCAGUUUGGGUGUGUGAUGCUAAAAUACGGGACAAACAGCGUCACGUAUGGUUUUCAUACGGAACGCAAUUUUUUCCCUUAAUUACUGGAUGAUUCCUUAAUUUACUGGACGUUUGGCAUAUUUCGUUAAUUAAUUUUACCUGAUACUGCUUUAGCGUGAGGGUGACUCUCUUUCUCCACUCACUGUCAUAAAUUCCCUCAGUCGAUGAUGGCGGUGACAACAGUUGUCAGGGGUGGGGAAUGGUAGAAUUAAAGUGAUAAUGCAUCAAUGACAACAAAGAAUCGUCAGUUUCACAAAACAGCAUCUAAUCAGUUAAAGGGGAACUAACAUGACAGUAGAUUAUGGACUUCUGAAGCAGCAAAAUAAGCGGGUAUACUGAGGGUAUACGCAAAUAUUGAUCCUUAGAAGUCAUUGUACGCAAACAGCCCUGGGGAAAAAAGUAAGCAUAGGGCAUAUACGUGUGUAUGGCCCCGACUACACCACUGCAUACAGGUAUUCCACUGGCCCCCCCAGCCCAAGUUACUAUUACUGAAGUGGUUAUAAACAUCAGAGUAAGACUCAUUCUCUGAUUUAUACACAUUUGGAGACACUAUAGAGUAAUAAGGCUGUGUGACUCACCAUUACCUAAAUCAAGCUAAUCACUUGAAUUAAUCACAACUAUGUUGUAUUAAUGUAGGCUGUAGUCACCUUUAGGACCAAUUCAUGCUUCUCAUUUAAUAUCUUUUGGUUCAUGCUCACUGGGGUCUCUCAGCCCCUUCAAAUUAAUGUCUCUCCAUAGCUGUAACUCAUCAUAAUCUUACCACGUAUCUGAAAUAAGCUGUUACACUGCAGAGUUCCAGCUCACCAUAACCUACAAUGGUGUCCAAAAUCUGGGAACACUUGUGAAAAUGAUAAUUUUUUGCAUUUUUCUAAUGUAAUAAAUUUUUUUUAUUUUAUUUUUUUAUUAUGAUAUCUGCAUAAUAUUGAUUGAUAGAAAAUCUGAGUCAAAAAAUAAACAUGAAUUUUAAUAAUUUCUUAGUAUUUGGUUGCCCCCCUUUUGCUUUAAUGACAGCAUGCAUUUGAGUUGUUAUUGACUUAUUGAUUAGUGACCUAUUGUACCUGUAGAAAUAGUGCAGGAUUUUAUAUAUAUAUAUAUAUAUAUAUAUAUAUACUUCAUAAUGUUUCUUUGUUUUUCAUAUUUUCUAAAUCCAACCUAAAACUUUGUCAGUUUCCAUGUUUAAGAUUUUCAGUAUGGAUUCAAUGUGGACAUUUGAGCCCCAUUGUAUGUCUUGUGAGUUGGUGAUCUAAUGUCAGCCAUAUCAUCAGUCACUUUGUUUUUGUAAAAAUGAGCACUGUCAUACAAACUUCCUUAAAAGUUAUGUAUAUUUGAACACUUUUCAUGAGUCUCUUCACAAUUUUAGUUUGAUUAGAAGUUACACUUUUAAACCAUCCCUAAAAUGUCCCCAUCUAACACAUACAAAAGCUAUCUGUCAAGAGCUCUGUUCCUCUCAUUUUAAGCUACGUAAAUGUGUGUUUCAUAAAUGAAUGCUGGCAUUACAUUC